AUGGGUUGCUCUCAUACGGAUGAAGUGGCCAAUAGCCUCAAGGCUCCAACGUCGGCUGAUUCGGUAUACAAAGAUGACUGCAUGUUCUGUUUCGACACAGCCUUUGACACAGACGGCCUCGAUAUCUGCCUGCACUGCUAUCAAUCUUUUUCUAGAGGCCAGCUCGACCACACUCACAAACACAGUGAUAUCUUUGAUCAUUUUUUGUUUCUCAACUACAAAAAGGUGGCCAAACCAAAAUCUGAGCGGGAUGAACAACCAUUGAAGAUGGCCAAGCUGGAGAUUCGCGAAGAAACAGAGAGCGAGCUGUUCGAUGUUAAGACCUCUCUCUACUGUUCCCAAUGCGACCAGGAGAUUGAUGAAAUUCCACCAAAUGUGUCGGUAGUGAUGCAGGCUGUUUUGAAGGCAACUUCGUCUGAAAAGAAAGAUGAAAUCAAAUCUUGGGAGCAGGAGAUAGUGCCUUGUCAACACGCUUUUGACAUUGCUCAGCAUCCUCUGGCCGGCGUGGAUCUCACACACUGCACUCAGUGCGACUUGAAAGAGAAUCUGUGGAUUUGUAUCACAUGUGGUGCUCUUGGAUGUGGCAGGGCCCAAUUUGGAGGUGUUCCGGGCAACUCGCAUGCUCUUGCUCAUUAUCAAAACUGCGAAAGUCACCCAAUUGCCGUUAAACUGGGAUCUUUGUCUACCACCUCGGCAGACUGUUUUUGUUAUGCCUGCAAUGAUGAGGUCAAAAUUCCGGAGUUGCCCCAGCUUUUGAGUACGUUUGGCAUAAACAUAGACAGUUACGUGAAGACAGAGAAGAACCUCACAGAAUUGCAGAUUGAGCAAAACGUUAAAUGGGACUUCAACAUGGACAGACAAGACGGUGCAUCUUUGGAACCCCUGUUUGGACCUGGGUUUACUGGUUUGAAAAACAUGGGCAAUUCAUGCUAUCUUUCCAGUGUGUUACAAGUCCUGUUUUCGACACCUGCAUACCAGACUGCAUUCGCAACUUCACAGGGUGUACCGGAUGAAUGUCUGAUCAACCAAAACCCAGCGCAUGAUCUUGAGACUCAGCUAUACAAAGUGAGCGAUGGGUUGCUGUCUGGUCGUUAUAGUGUUCCUGAUGAGAGUACUUCAGAAACUAUCAAAUACCAGAAGGGAAUCAAGCCUUCUGGACUGAAGUCUCUUAUUGGAGAAGGCCACCCGGAAUUCUGUACUAUGAAGCAACAGGAUGCAUUUGAGUUUUGGUUGUAUCUUACGGAUAAGGUAGACCGGCUUUUCAAGGAUCAAAAGUCUCCCAACGUUCCUUUCAAGUUCGUUAUCGAGAAUAAGCUUAAGUGCACCAAAUGUGGUGGAGUAAGACUCUCCAAGGAGCUCUCCGAGGUGGUGAGUCUUGCUGCUGACUCAAAAUACAAUAUUGUCAAUGAUGAAAAAGUUUACGAGCCAAUCUCCUUUGACGAUGUUAUGAAGAAUUUUGGUGAUUCCGAGCAGAUCGAAUACAGAUGUCCCCAAUGCCAAUCGAAUGAACUGGCCACCAAGUCUUCUGGGUUCCUGACUUACCCUGAUAUUCUGAUACUGAAUCCUCAACGAAUCAAGCUAGAAAAUUGGGUCCCCACAAAGACUCAAGUGCCCAUAGUGUACUCCAACCCACUUGACUUAUCUCCCUACAAGGCACCGGGAAUGCUUCCAGGUGAAACUGAACUUCCAGAAACAGACGAAAGCGAAGAUGGAAAGUUCAUUCCCAACGAAACGGCCAUGGACCAACUCGUUUCUAUGGGGUUUUCAGAAAACAGGGCGACCAAAGCGCUCUUCAACACGGACAACUCGGAUGCAGACUCGGCAAUGAAUUGGUUAUUCCAACAUAUCGAAGAUGCAGAUAUCGAUGAUCCGUUUGUGGAAGUACCUAGGAAAUCCUCAUCUGCUAAGAAGGAGGAUGUUGACUCCUUGAUAGCCAUGGGUUUCUCGAAGCAACUUGCGGAAAAGGCACUACUUGUUAGUGCUGGUAACCUCGAAGCGGCCGUGGAAUGGGUUUUUGCGAAUCCAGAUGAUGACGGCUCUAUUGAGGAAGAGGAAACCAAGAAGCCUAAUGAUCUCAUCACUGAGCUCACGAGUACAGCAACAACUGCCACUCCAAAGUAUCACUUGAAAGCUGUAAUCUGUCACAAAGGAACGAAUGUCAACUCCGGUCAUUAUGUUGCCUUCAUCAGACGCAUUGUCAAUAACGUUGAGCAGUGGGUGUUGUUCAACGAUGAGAAAGUGGUGCUAUCUGAUGGAGAUUCGUCCUUGGAGGAUUUGGAAAAGAGAGGUUAUAUCUACGUUUUUGAAAAAGAGAAAUCGAUGUAUUAG